UAAAAUACUGGCGAUUAUUUAUUACUAUCAAAUUUCCGGUUGCGCACGCGUGUUUGAUCUGUUUUACGUAUGACGAUCUUUCUCCCAUUUGUCAUUGCUACCGCUUCGACGGGAUGAGAUUUAUCAAAGUGAAGUGUAAUAUUAUACAGUAGAAUAAUGAAAAUAAGAUUUAAUUAUUGCAUUAUAGAUUUAUUAUAUACUUACUUAUUAUAGCGUGGCAAAAAAGAUUAUCAUUUAUGUGAGCCUAGAUACUGUGAGGUACUAUUAGGUGGAGAUUGACAUAAAUGCGCUCGGCUAUUAGCGUUAUUUUGUCGAGUCCAGUACCCGACAACAAGAUGUCUCAUCCUGAUUACGAGCAAACCGCUCACGAUCAUGCUGCAUUACUUUUACUUUUGAGACCCAUUGGUACACAAAUCAAACAGAAAACUGUUACCAGGUUAUGUGAGCGUAUAAUUAAAGCGGGUAGUAGAUUUAGUGUGACCGAUUCUUCGGGUGGAACACGUGAAAUACUUGCUAGAUUCGUCAAAGAGCACCCUGUUGAAAACAAUGAUUGGGGAGAUUUCCAAACCCAUAGAAAAUUACUGGGCUUAAUUACGUUUGGGAAAUAUGACAAUCAAGCAGAACUAAAUGAGUUGUGUAGAGUGCAUGAAAGUCUAAAAGUAAAGUAUACCGCAACAUUGUACGAUUCACGUGCUAUAUUGUUCGGGCCAUCGGAAUCGAAUAAUGUUCAUGAACCACCAGCAUCAUUCAGCACACCUUCCAAUUUCAAAACUCGAGCUAUGUUUUAUAUUGAUGAAAUUUGUCCUGAUCUUGAAGUUCAUAUUACAGAAUGUCUGAAUUCUUUAUUUUGGAUUUUAGAAUCCAAAAGAUUAGAGCGGUCAAGAGAAAAAAUAGACAGAGUUUCUCUUUUAUUGGCACCUUUUGAAAAGAAAGAUUUUAUAGGACUAGAUCUGGAAUCUAGGAAUAAUAGAAAAAGAUGCGUGGGUCGAAUGACAAAGCAUUUAGGUGAUUUAUGUCUUCAAGCUGGACUCCCAGCAGAUGCUUUAAGUAAUUAUAACUCUGCAGCCAGUGUACUCCAAGCUGUGAAUGACUGGCUGUGGUUAGGUGCAGCAUUUGAAGGUUUAUGCGCUGCUUCUGCUUUAGUAUUAUAUCCAAAUAUGUGUAGAAGUCUUCCAUUGCAAAGAAAUUCUUCUCUUCAAGAAGGAAGUCCAGGUAAGCAAAGGAGGGGUUCACAAGCUGUUGGUGCUUUACCAUCGCCACCAGCUAUAGACACUGUAAAAAAUAGUAUGCCACAUAUUUUGCUACCUGAGGAAAUAUCAAAGAAAUAUCGUGAGGCAAUAGUUCAUUAUAGCAAAUAUCAAUAUGCUGGUAUAAUUGAAACAGAAGCCAGCUUCAAAGCAACAAGAAUAUCGAUAGAACAAAAUUGUACUUUGCAAGCUGCUUCGUAUUUAAAUAAUGUUAUACUUAUAAACUUACCAUUAAGCGAACAAGAAAAAAUCGAUAGAUUUACUACAUUGUCCGAUUUGUUUACGAGCUUUGGUUUUGUAAGAAAAGCAUCCUUUUGCUUAAGAUUAGCCGCAACAAGGCAUGUGUCUCAAAAUAAUCCCAAUCCAGAUUGGCAGCAAUGUUAUAAUUUAAUGCUACAAGCCACUUCUGGAUUUAAGUUAUCUUUAGAUCCUGCUGAUAUGUCCCCUGAAAAUCAUCGAGGUUGGCCAGUUAUUCAAAUUCAAGUAAUAAAUGAUCUUGUUGCUGCUGCUAAUCGUAUGGGUAAUCCGGCACUAGCAACAAGGCAUAUGACAUUUUUACUGCAAACGAUGUACAAUUAUUUGACUCUAAACGAGCGCAAAGAAACAGCUUUGCAGCUUCAAAGUGUAUCCCAACAAUGCGAGGGUGCUCCCGUGCCUCUUGUUUUAGAUUCUGGCACAGUUAUACCGCCUGCAAAUUUAACCAAUCUUCCGAAAACAAAAUCGUUCGUUUUAAAAAACAUGCAACCCCAUCUUCAGCCUCAAAAAAUCGAAAGGGUCAAAGAAGAUCAUGGUCCCUUUCUAUUUACUCCAAUUAACUUCGGAUCUUUAGAAAGAAAAAAUAUAUCUAAAAGCAAAGUUGAUUAUUUAUGGGUAGAGGGUGACAUUUGUGAAGUGUCGAUGCAACUUAUUAAUCCUUUACCAUUUGAACUUCACGUUUCUAACAUGAGACUUCUUACAAACGGGGUAGUGUUCGAAUCAAUUCCCGAAAGUAUCACGCUUCCUGCUGAAUCAGGACCUAUCGCAGUGACCUUAGCAGGCAGACCUAAAGAAGUUGGAGAUUUAGAAAUUCUUGGUUUUAGUACGCAUACGCUAGGAGUGAAAUCUAAUUGCAGAUUAAGAUACAUGGAGGGAAUGGUUCAUUCUCAAUAUACCGUUGAGGUGGUUCCAGCAUUGCCAAGAAUAGAAGUGGCUACAAGUUUACCUCAAACUGCAAGCUUUAGCUCUGGAGAUAAUAUAGUAACAAGUGCAAGUGUAUCAUUGUAUGGCGGUGAAAGUGCCGAGUGCACCGUAACUAUUACAAAUAGUGGACAAAUUCCAAUUGAAACGAUUGAAGUAUCUGUACAAUCUACAUUGGAUACGAUAACCGAAAACAGGAUAUUUAAAUGGAGCGAUGAAAACUUAAUCACACAAUUACCAUUGCAACCUGGAACUAGUGCCAGUCUUACUUUAUAUUUGUAUGCGGCCACAGAUUUUAUAGCACCCACGACUAGAAAUGAUAUUAAUAGCAGUACAUAUCUUAGUCAACCGAGCAGUUUAAUGUCUCAUUCAGGGCACAGUUCAUUACCUUCGAGAUUAAGUUCUCCGUCGCAUACGAAACGGCAAUCGGAAUUAACUUCCUCAUUUAGAUCUGGCUUAAGUUCUCAUUCCGGACAUUCUUCCUUGGCAAGUUCGCGUUUAUCGAAACUUGCUGUUCCUCUACACUCGUCAAAUGUUAUCGAAGGUCAAUUAAAAAUAAAGUACUCGGGUGGCGCAGGUUUAACAGCGGGUUACUGUCGUAUAUCGUCGGUCUUUGUUACCAUCGAAAUGUUACCUAGCGUACAAAUUACAAAUUGGGACGUACUUCCAGCAGAAACGCCAUCACAAUUUUAUCUUGUACUAGAUUUAACGAAUAUGACCAAUCAUGAAAUGGAAUUGCAUUAUACACAAACUAAAUGUAUAUACAUGGAGGGUAAAGAGCCGUGUAGAAUCCCUGUGCCGGUGGAUAGAUGUCCACUUAGUAAAUUAUCUAUGUUAAACGGGGCUGGUGAUAUCGGAGAACUUCAGAAAGUCUGUUCUGAACACAUUGCUUCGUUAGUUGAUUUACGCUGGCAAUUGUUAGGUACAGAGUCGGUCGGCAAAGCGACCCUUUCGGGUAUUACCCUCACUCAAGAUAUGUUAGAUCUUGUUAGAAUGAGUCCUUUACAGUGGGAGAUAAAAAUAAACGACGCAACCGUGAAAGCUCAAGAUGAACUCACUUGUACUUUAGGCGAAUGCGUUAGCCUCGGCAUAGGAAUAUGUAAUGCAUUAGAGCAUCCUUUGAGCGAUCUUGCGUUAUCUAUCAAUUUUUAUCAAGAUCAUCAUAACGGUGUAAACAAUUAUCAGUUAGAGACGAGACUAUCCAUCGCUGGUGCGAAUAAAGUUAUGCUUCCAGCAUUACAGGAAUACGGGAGAGUUUACCAUGAGUGCCGGGUAGUAUUCUUUACAGCAGGACAAUACAAAAUUGAUAUUCGAUGUAGCAGUAAGGAGUCUGCACCGAAUACGCCAGUACUUUGUUCAGAAUUAAUAAAUGCUGGACACACGUGGCGUUACAUACCGCCGAUAGAAAUAACUGUUGAUGAUUAAUGACACACGCGAAGAUAUUUAGUGUGUGGCUUUGUAAUAUUUGUAAAAGUAUAAAUACAUCUAUGCUUUGUUAUGAUAAUUAUACGUGACGAAAUUUAGUAACUGGAACUUUUACUUUUUUUAAUAAAGUAUCAAGAAAACUACCAAGUA